AACUUACCAACUUAAGAAAUGUAAACAAUCAAAAUUCCCAAGCCCUUACUAAUUGUUAUAUUUUGCAAACGUAUAAUAAUUUCGCUUAUUUCCACGAUUUUGGUAGUUUUUAUACAAAAUGGUGCGUGCGGGGGAAAAGAACGAGUACCCCAAAGCUUCGGGUUAUCUCGUGAAUGGGGCCCUCCUCACCUACAUCGCCGGUUUAUUCCUCAUGAUCGCUUUCUGCAGCCCUUACUGGGUCAAAUCCUUUGAAGAGACGUUCUCAGAGUUCAAGAACAUGGGACUGUGGGAGUAUUGUUUUGAAAACUUCCGCUACCCUUACUACCAAUUCGACCACCUCUUCAACGGCUGCCACCACGUUUUCAGUCAGGAAUUUCACGUAAUCCGUGAAUGGAUACUCCCACCUUGGCUCAUGGCAGUCCAGGCUUUUGUAACUAUGUCUUUCCUGCUUAGCUUUGGAUCUCAGGUCGUUAUGGCGCUUCAACUCUGCCGUUGGCCCCUCGAUUUCAUUCUUCGCUAUGAAUGGAUUUUGUCAGCAAUAGAUUUUGUUUGUGUCACAACUACAACUGUUUUCAUGUUUUUUGCCGUUGCCGUCUUUGGAGGAUCGCACGUACGUCGCGAUUGGUUGAUGUACCCCAACUAUAAUUACCUUUGUUGGUCUUAUGGUUUAGCGGUAAUUUCAUUCUUUUUCCACGGUUUUGCUGCAGUCUGUUUGUAUUAUGAAGCACGUCAGAGCUACAAGUUCAGAAGGGAAUCGAAAAGUCUCGUCAUGCAAAUGCAACCAAAUCCUCAGCAUAAUCUGAGAUGGUAAAAAACACGCAUUUUUGCACCGUGUGCCUUUUGAAAGAUAUUUUUGUACUGUGAAUAGCAGAUAUAAAUAGAGCACUAACGUACAUACUUCUAAUUAAAAUCUUGUAAAUAUACGAAAAGUAUUUUUUACAAGGGAAAUUAAACAUUCCGUCCACUUCUGCUUGCAUGCGCCUUAAUAAUCUUCUAAGUACUAAGAAUGAAUCUUAAGUUUUUAUACUCUUGUAUUAUUUAGAAUUGUUGUUAUUUUUUAAGUUGUAGGUUUAUAUAAUGUAUUUAAGUAAUUUUAUAUCCGUUUGUUAGGUACGCUACUUUUUCAUACUUUCGAUUAAACGUGUCAUGCACAAUAAAUAUAUAAUACACUAUGUGUAUUGUUAA